CAUGGGAAACAGAAAUAGACAGUUUUAUCAACUCUUCAUUUCAUUUCAUAGAAUCAAAGUUUCAGCGUUUUGUGAAAAUUACGAGUUUGAUCUUGGCACAAAAUGGGGAUAGAAGGUAAAAAUGAUCUUAAUCGUGUCGGUUGGUUCAGUGAAAUGGGUUACAUAUCCAUUGGAGAUCCUUACAAAAGAAAACAAAAUGUUUUCAAUGAGUUAUCACAUAAAGGUAAACAAAUGCUUCCUGGUGGCAGUAAAACAAGAUCGGCACGCCAAGAUGGUUACUUUGAAAAAGAAUUCUCAAGGAUUAUGGAAGCAGAAUCUUAUAAUGAUCCUGUAAAAAGACGACAACAAGAACGUGUUAAGCAAUCCAAACUUAAUCUUGCUAAUGCUUUUGUCCCAAGCAGUGGAGAUAAAUUACCAUCUGGCGCUGGUAACCAUUAUGGAACUUUUAGCGGUCCCGUAGAGGCAUUCAGUGCAGCACAAAAAGAUAAGAAAUCAUAUCAAUCACCUGGUAAAAAUUUUAUCACCAACCCACCAAAAAAGGGAACUGGUUUUGGCUAUAUUAAUGUCACCAUUGGUCAGACUCCAAAGUAUACUGCUGACCCUUAUGAUCGUGCCAAAGAAAUUAGAAAUAAAGAUCAACAGACAAGCAUUAAAGUGAGAAAAGGGGGAGCGUUCCGCUUAAAUUUACAUCCCAAUGCUUUUUUUGAUGGCAAUCCGUACAAGACAAACAAGCCAUUACCACCGUUAAAAGAAAACAAACCAAAACCACAUAUUGUAAAACCUUUUAAACAAAGCUCUCCUGGGAAAGAGAUUGGUGGAUGUAAAGCAGGAUGUUUUGAAACGUAUCCUUCUCAUUCACACAAUCCAUAUCAACCAAAGAAAUCUUCGUCAGAUCCUCCCCAAGGAAAGAAUAUUUUCCGACCCACACAAGGACCAAAAUCCACACCGUUUGGCUCCAUAAUCAAACAAAAUGUUGAAAGGAGGAUAAAUGCAACGAAUUUUCGCCAAGCUGUUCUGGUAAAAACAUGAUACAUAUAACUGGUAAAGAUGUUUUACGACUUACUAUUGAGUAAUGACUUGUCAAUAUGUAAGAAAAGUUUUUAAUGAGUCGAUACAGAAAUGUUUGCGCGCAGUGUUUGUUGUCAUUUUUAUUAAAAUGUGAUUACAAAAUUUUAA